GCUCCAUUAACCCAACUAUUCCGUUCUUCAGCUCCAAAAAAAACAAACGCCAUAUCAUUUUUCCAGGUUCCGAUUAUACAAUCGGAAACCAAUAACCAUCCAUUCAUGUUGUGGACAACUGUAACUCUCGCGGCUGCUCGGAACAGAACCGUCCGAGUUUUCCGGCACAACCUCACUCUCCUUCUCCGCCGCAACUUCUCCACAACCACUACAGGUCUCUAUGGUUUCCCUCAUUUGAAAUCCCCAAAAGGAUUCCAAUCUUUCGUAGAUGAAGCCAUUCAAAGGUCUGGAGAACUCGUUAGUUACAUUUCUUCGAAGCCCUCAGCUUCUGAAAUAAUGCGAACAAUGGAUGAGAUUUCAGACACGGUUUGUUCUGUUGUUGAUUCUGCCGAAUUGUGUAGGCAAACCCAUCCAAACAGGGAGUUCAUUGAGGAGGCUAACAAGGCAUCAAUGAAAAUUAAUGAAUAUCUACAUUAUCUAAAUACAAGCCAUGAUCUCUAUGAUGCGGUGAAGAAAGCCGAGCGAGAAUGUCAUAUGCUUUCUGAAGAAGCUCAAAGGGGAGUUAGAAGCUUGCGUGUUGACAUGGAAAGGGGUGGAAUUCAUCUUUGCCCUGAGAAAUUAGAUCGAGUGAACAGACUAGAUAUUGAAAUUUCUCAGCUAUGCAGAGAGUACAACGAAAAUAUUUUUCUGGACCCAGGGACUGUUGAUAUAUAUCCUUCAUCUCGCAUCCCCAAAAAUUUGCAUUAUCUUGUCAAGCCUAUCUAUCAAUCAGAACCUUUAAUAACUAAGGGUAUAUCAGGGUCCAUGAACACCCUAAAAGAAAAAGGAUUUCGAAUUACAACAGACCCACGAACUCUUGAUUCUGUGCUGCAGUUGUCGCCGGAUGAUGAGAUUAGGAAAUUGGUUUACAUACAAGGAAAUUCUGUUCCGCGUGCAAAUGUUGAUGUUCUCAAGAGGCUUAUAUCUGCUCGACAUGAGCAUGCUCAGAUUAUGGGGUGUGGAUCUUAUGCCGAACUUUCUGUUAAGCCCAACAUGGCUUCAUCACCAAAAGUUGUAAUGUCAUUUUUACUUGAAAUGAGCAAGAUGGUCCAGGAAAAGGCUACAGAGGAGCUCAAGCUACUUACAAAAUUCAAGAGAGAAAAAUGUGGUCAGAGUGGUGGAGAUUUAAGGCCGUGGGAUGAAGCCUAUUACACAACAAUGAUGAAGUCCUCUGUUUAUAAGUUGGAUUCUUCGGUUGUAGCAUCAUAUUUUUCUUUGUCAAACUGUAUUGAGGGUUUGAAGGUUCUGGUGAAGUCACUGUUUGGUGCAACCUGUCAUAGCAUCCCUCUAGCACCAGGUGAAUCUUGGGAUCCACAAGUGCUUAAACUGUGUCUUCAUCACCCUGAGGAGGGUGAUUUGGGAUAUCUCUACCUUGAUUUGUACUCAAGAAAGGGAAAAUAUCCUGGCUGUGCUCAUUUUGCAAUUAAAGGUGGUCGCAGGAUUUCUCAAACAGAAUACCAACUUCCUAUUGUAGCUCUUGUUUGCAAUUUUUCAGGUUCGAGAAAUCCAUCAGCUGUAAGGCUUAAUCAUUGGGAAGUGGAAACCUUAUUUCAUGAGUUUGGACAUGCUCUUCAUUCACUGCUUUCAAGAACGGACUACCAACAUUUUUCAGGCACAAGAACGGUUCUUGAUUUUGCAGAAAUACCAUCCAACCUCUUUGAAUACUAUGCAUGGGAUUAUCGAGUUUUGAGAACAUUUGCUAGACACUAUUCAACAGGUGAUGAAAUCCCUCAAAAGCUGGUCGAGUCAAUGCUGGGUGCCAAAAAUAUGUUUGCUGCAACUGAUCUGCAACGUCAGAUCUUCUAUGCCCUAGUUGACCAGACACUCUUUGGGGAGCAGCCACUACCUCAUGGUGAUAGUAGUUGUGUCGUUGCAGAACUGAAAAGAAAACAUACCAAUCUGGAGAAUGUAGAAGGCACACAUUGGGAGGCCCGAUUUAGCCAUCUUCUUAAUUAUGGUGCAGGGUAUUAUAGCUAUUUGUAUGCCAAAUGUUUUGCUGCAACCAUAUGGACAAAGUUGUGCCAGGAGGAUCCGUUAUCACUAACUACAGGCAGUGCUUUAAGAACAAAAUUCUUACAGCAUGGAGGAGCCAGAGAACCAGCUGCUAUAUUAAAUGAUCUAGUACCCGAUGGUAUAUACCGGUAUCACGAUGGAGGGAUAAUUCCUGAUAUUUCAAGUCUCUGUGAGGAAAUGAAACUCAUGGAAGAACAUCAGCAGAAAGUACAUUUGUUGUGAGCUUUAUAGAAAAAAUUGGACAGAACUCAACUUGCACCGAGCCAAAGAGAUAUCGUGGACAGAAACACAUUGCAAACAAAUUAGCACUAACUGGAUUAAGUUAUAUGGUAGUCUGCAUAUGUCAACGGUAGCAUCCUGAAGUCGGGCUAACAUUCCAGUUCUCAAAAAAAAAAAAAUCUUGGGUUCCCAUUCUAAAUUUCAAAUUUUGUAGGCCUUAUUUAGGUUGGGGUCUGUGUGUUUUAUGAAUCUCUUCUCAAAAUAAAUAGAAUGUUAACAAGUGUUGUAUUCUCAAAACAAACUUUUCUUUUAUUAAUUCUUUCAUUCAGUCAAAUUUUGUAGAACUUAUUUAGGUUGGGGUUUUUGUGUCUAUGAAUCUUUUAAUAAACAAAAUUUUCUUUUGUUAA